ACGGCCCCUAUGGGAUUUUUGCUGGAAGAGAUGCAUCCCGAGGUCUUGCCACGUUCUGCCUGGAUAAGGAGGCACUGAGGGAUGACUAUGAUGACCUCUCUGAUCUCAACAGUACACAGCGAGAGACCUUGAGUGACUGGGAGUCACAAUUCACUUUUAAGUAUCAUCAUGUUGGUAAGCUGCUGAAGGAGGGAGAGAAACCCACUGAGUACUCUGAUGAAGAAAAAGACACCCAGGAUGCAAAGAAAGAGUAG